GCCAGCUGCGAAUGACUAACGCCUAGUCCUCCGUCCCGCGAUCUGCAGCUGUAUCCUCGCGAUACUAGAACCCCCGAAAUGGCCGCGACCAGUCAAGGUGAGUGGAGGACGGGACCUGCAAGCGAUUUCCAGGAGAAACGCCAUUCGUUUUCAUGGUUGUUGCAUAAACAUGGCACAAAGCGUCCACACAGCGCUUUGGAGGAAUCCAAGAGAAGGAGAAUCCGUCAUUGCAGCGCCAGAGCUGAUGAUGGACAGGGCUUCCAGCCACAUAAAGGAAACUUUGAUGGAAAAUUUGAGGCACUGGAUCUUGCAGAAUUGACUAAAAAGCAACCAUGGUGGCGUAAGUUGUUUGGGCAGGAAUCUGGGCCAUCAGCUGAAAAGUAUAGUGUAGCAACCCAGCUGUUAAUUGGAGGUGUUACUGGAUGGUGCACUGGUUUCAUAUUCCAGAAAGUUGGAAAAUUGGCUGCAACAGCUGUAGGAGGUGGAUUCUUUCUACUUCAGCUGGCAAACCAUACUGGGUACAUCAAAGUUGACUGGCAACGAGUAGAGAAAGACAUGAAGAAAGCCAAAGAGCAGUUGAAGAUUUGUAAGAAUGACCAAAUACCAACUGAGGUCAAGAGCAAAGCUGAGGAGGUUGUGUCAUUUGUAAAGAAGAAUGUUCUAGUGACUGGAGGAUUUUUUGGAGGCUUUUUACUUGGCAUGGCAUCCUAAAAAAAUACAACUUUACUUCAUUGUUUCUUUUUUUCUUGCCAGCAGCUUCAACACUCAAACAUAAAACAAUUGACACUCCUCUUCCUCCUCUUCUCCUGUGCCUUCUUCCCUGUUAUGGCAAAUCUGAAUGGCUUCCAUAGGCCUUCUAUGAGCUUGACAUGUUGGAAAAGACCAUAGAUGUUAACUCUCCUAGUAUAAUCCUCACUACUUUGUCAAUGAAUAACUUAGUAAGAAUGUUCCCUUUUCCUUAUGUAAGAUCCUUUUCCAAACUUCAUUUGGAAAAGCAGCAUGUAGUUACCUUAGUAUGUAUUACAUGGAACGGAACCGAAUACAUUUGCCUUUAAGCAUGAA